UCCGGGCUCUCGCACCACGAACCUUGGGAAAGUUUGGAAUCGGAACCAGACUCAAGUUUUGCAAGUUCAGGUCUACUUUGCUUCUGACCAAGAGCAGGGACUAUCCUCCACACGGUCAAGAUAUAGAUACAUGUGUGUUGGAGUGCCAUCUCUCCUGCACCCCAGUUUCAACCAAACGGAUUCAGCUGUUCCCAGGAAUGAGGCUAAGGAUUUCCUCCCCACCCCACCCCACCCCCACUUUAAAACUUCUGGAGACUUGCCAUCAAGCAGGCGGCAUCAUUUGUCUCAAAGCUAUGCCAAUGCCACUCUCAACAUCGAGGCCGAAAUGUUCGAAAAGUAUUACAAUAAAAUGGAGCCAAAGGAUAUGUCUGUCCAGUUGUUGCCUGACAUGCAUGGAUCCUCGCUGGACCUGACACAGACACGUGGCAGACGUAAAUCUAAAUCUCGUUCUGUAGCAGACCAUUUUACAGGCCUGACAGUGGAGCAGAAAUGUGAUAUAGCACAGAAAGAGUUGGAUGAGAUAAAGGAUGAAAUUCAGCGGAUAAAGGAGGAUUCUGAACAGAGUUUACAAAACCUUGAGGCAGCCAUGGAGGAAGCAGAUGUUCAAUGGGCUGAUAUUAAGAAAGCCAUGUGUGACUUUAACAAAGAGAUUAUCACAACCAUAGCCAAGAAGAAAGGGACUGUCAUAGCUUCUGAGAAGGUGCUGAAAUACCUGGAGGAGAAGAACCACUACAGGGAUGCAUUGAAAGAAAAGUUGCGUUUGAAAAAUGACUCUCUCAAGGUUCAGAAGAAAAAGCUGCAGCUGCAACUUAGGCAGAAGGAAGAGAUGGGAGAGGCGCUUCAUGAGGUUGAUUUCCAGCAGCUAAAGAUUGAGAAUGCUCAGUUUUUGGAGAGGAUUGAUGAGAGGAAUCGGGACUUGCUGCAGCUAAAACUGACAGCAGGAAACACACUCCAAAUCCUCAAUUCCUAUAAAGGGAAGCUGCAAAAUGCCACAGGGACAGCCACCCAUCUGGUGAAAGAGAUUUCUCAGAGGAAGGAGUUGCUGGAGAAAACUGAGAGAGAGACCAUCCUGGCAGAGGAGGAACAAGCCAAAGUUGAGUGUCUGAAUAAGAAGCUACGGAAGCAGCUGUCAGAUUACAGAGUCCCCCCCAUCCUUAAGUAUGUCAAUGAGAAGAUGGCCCUGUAUGACCUGGAAAACAGUAUUAAGACCUGGGAGAGGAAGGUGGAGAUUGCUGAGGCAUCUUUGCAAAGCUACCACAGAGCUUGGAACAAGGUCAAGAUGGCUAGUAAGCUGCCAAGAACUUGUCUUACACUGCAAGGUAGCCAGUGAGAGAUAUAGCUAAGAGCCAGCCCCUUGGAAUGCAGAGAUAUCAAACAGAUGAAUACAGAGCCGUUUGCACUGCAGCAUGAGAUGGAACCAUUUCUGCACAAAUAAUAAAGUAACCGCCUUCCUGCCCUCUGCCCCGGGGUUGGAAGUUCUCUA